AAAUAACAUUUGUUACCAAAAAAAGAAGAUCAACUAUAUAAAUACACUUCCAUUAACAAAAACGUCAAAGGGUAAUUAAGACAAUUCACAACAUUCCGGUAUAUUCGCAACCAAACCAAAUCCUGCCACGUAGCAAUUAUUUCCUCUUCAUUUUUCUCUCUGUCUCCCUCGAAGAAACGUAGAAAUCAGAAAGUAAAUCAUACAGUCAAAACCGCUUCUUCUAUAAAACCCUUUUUAGCUCAAUCCCAAAACGCAAUAAAAAACAAAACGCUCUCCAGAAUUUCGAAACUUCUAAGAUAUUUUGUUUUCUCUCUUAACGAUGGCGAAGAGUGUUUUGGUUACCGGCGGCGCUGGCUAUAUCGGAAGUCAUACUGUUCUUCAACUGCUUGAAGGUGGUUACUCCGCCGUCGUUGUUGACAAUUACGACAAUUCCUCUGCUGCUUCGCUUCAGCGCGUGAAGAAACUCGCCGGCGAAAACGGAAACCGCCUCUCCUUCCACCAGGUGGAUCUCCGAGACAGGCCUGCGCUUGAGAAGAUAUUCUCAGAAACAAAGUUUGAUGCAGUGAUACACUUUGCUGGACUUAAAGCAGUAGGUGAGAGUGUGGAGAAGCCUUUGCUCUAUUAUAAUAAUAACAUUGUUGGCACUGUUACUCUUUUGGAGGUUAUGGCUCAAUACGGCUGCAAAAAUCUUGUAUUUUCAUCAUCAGCUACUGUCUAUGGCUGGCCUAAGGAGGUUCCUUGCACUGAGGAGUCACCAAUUUCUGCCACUAACCCAUAUGGCCGUACAAAGCUUUUUAUCGAAGAGAUUUGCCGGGAUGUACAUCGUUCUGACUCGGAAUGGAAGAUCAUAUUGCUUAGAUACUUCAACCCUGUUGGUGCACAUCCUAGUGGUUACAUUGGUGAAGAUCCUCUUGGAGUUCCCAACAAUCUCAUGCCUUAUGUCCAACAAGUUGCAGUUGGCCGGAGACCUCACCUUACUGUCUUUGGAACCGACUACAAGACAAAGGAUGGUACAGGGGUUAGAGAUUACAUUCAUGUCAUGGAUUUAGCAGAUGGACACAUAGCUGCUCUGCGUAAGCUAGAUGAUCUCAAAAUCAGUUGUGAGGUAUACAAUCUUGGAACGGGUAAUGGAACAUCGGUCCUAGAAAUGGUCGCUGCCUUUGAAAAAGCAUCCGGAAAGAAAAUCCCUUUGGUGAUGGCUGGACGACGUCCUGGAGACGCUGAAGUUGUUUACGCCUCAACGGAAAAAGCAGAGCGCGAACUAAAUUGGAAGGCUAAGAAUGGGAUAGAGGAGAUGUGUAGGGAUCUAUGGAAUUGGGCAAGCAAUAACCCCUACGGCUACAAUUCCUCCUCCAAUGGCUCCUCUUCAUAAUUCUCCUUUUUUAAUUUUUAUUUUGCCUUUUUUGCUUACUUAUAUUCAUAUAAACAAACACAUAAAAAAAAAGAAGAGAAAGGCUGACAAGUACCCAAACUUUAGAAGAAAUUGAGGAAAAUUCUUGUACUAUCAAUUUAUCAUAGAAACUAUAUUUAUUAAAUCGUUAGUUUUCAAUCGUUGGGAGUUUUUUUUCUUGCAUUUGUGUGUAUUUGUUCUAUUUUUCUGAUAUUUAUGUCUGUAAAU